AUGGCCAUGGCACGCGUCGCGUUAGCUAUCCACCUCUUCUUCCUCUGCAGUUACCAGUCGGGACAUCCUCUAAAAUUCUCCUUCUGGAGAGAAGAAAAGAUUCACCUGCAGAUAUACACCAACAGGUUGUUGAGGGAAGAAGGCAAGAACGACAAUGUAGAGCAGAUGGAAUCACCUUCCAUCUCCGGAACGGAAGGAAAAAAGGAAAUUCAAAUGAUCAGCCAUUUGCAACUGCAAAGUGGGAAGCAUGACCAGGUUUCCUUCCUAUCCGCAAAUGACUCUAAUUUGAAAGGGGCAAACGAAGAAGCUUCUGCAGAGAGUGGAGAAAAUGGAAAAAAAAGUGAUGAAGAAAAUGUAAAAAAAAGUGAUGAAGAAAAUGCAAAAAAAAGUGAUGAAGAAAAUAAAGAUGCCAAUUCUAACACGAAGGAUGCAGAGUCAGCUGAAGGCGAAGAAAACCCAGUGUCUCAGGAAAAUCAAAUGAAAACGCUAAACAAUGAAGAAGACAAAACGAAUGAUGGUAAGAAAAAUGGAGAUGAAGAAGAUAAAAAGGGAGAGAAGGGAAAGGACGAUGGAAAAGGUGAAGAGGGUUCGGAAGAAAAGAUGGAGGAAAGCGCGAAAAAAGAAGAAGAAAACACCGAGGCAAACAAAAAUUUGGAAAGCAAACAUGCAGAGGCGGAAGUGUCGGAACACAAACAAGACGUCACCACUCCUGAGGGAGGCAAGGAUUCGCCAGAAGGGGAAAACCAAAAGGAAAAUACCCCUAAUAACACAAACCAGGAGAAUCAAGAAAAUGCCGACAAUGACGAGAACAAACUUCACUUAGACAAACUGGACGAUGAUGUCCCCCACUACAGUGCCCUGAGGAACAACCGAGUAGAUAAAGGAAUAACAGACAGCAUGAUGCUAAAAAAUAUAAUAGAGGAUAACACAAAAUCCUGUUCCGUGAACAAUGGGGGAUGCGCAGACGACCAAAUAUGCAUACGGAUCAAUAACAUGGGGAUUAAGUGCAUCUGUAAGGAGGGGCAUUUAUUUGGAGGGAAGUGCAUUUUGAGCAGGUCUUCUGCCAUUAAUACUUUUUUCUCUGUCGGUCUGUCCGUCCUAUUGGCUUUUCUCUGGAUGUGUUAA